AUGUUUUCCGAUAACGGAACAAACUUUGUUGGAGCUGAGCGUCAAUUGGUCGAAUUGAAGGAGUUACUUAGAUCACAGAUAUUGGAAAGAAAACUCGAGGAAUUCUGUCAGCCUCGUGGAAUCUCUUGGAAGUUUAACACUCCGAAGGCUCCACACCAAGGUGGGCUCUGGGAAGCUGGGGUGAAAAGUAUGAAGAGCCACCUGUACAAAGUGAUGAAUGAAUCAUAUUUCACAUACGAAGAGAUGACAACGUUAUUGGUUCAGAUAGAGGCCAUUCUGAAUUCAAGGCUCAUGGUACAACAAAGCGACGACCCGAUGGAUUAUGAAGCGUUGUCACCAGGUCAUUUCUUGAUUGGCCGUGAAUUGACAGCAAUCGCUGAGCCAAUCUACGAUAUUCCCAAGGAAAACACACUAUCACGGUAUCAAUUAGUUCAAAAAACGGAAGCAGUCGUUCUAGAAAAGAACAAGAACAGAAACGCAACAAGUGGAACAAAACCCCAACGUUGCUCCGUGAAGGACUCUUGGUGA